AUCACACUCUAUCAAAUCUUCCCACUAAACUAAGUAGUAAGUAGCAGCCAGCCAUGAACACUGUUCAAACUUUUGAUUCCUUCCCGACACCUAAAAAGCAAAAGCAGGUUGUCGAGGAGGUUUCCGGUUGGCUGAGGGUUUACGAUGAUGGCUCCGCCGACCGGACUUGGACCGGCCCGCCGGAGGUCAAGUUCAUGGCUGAGCCUGCCCCUCCCCACCUCAAUUUCGUCGACGGCGUCGCCACCAAGGACGUCACCAUCGAUGACAACUCCGGCCGCCGUGUCCGCAUUUACCUCCCCGAGAAAGACUGCGCCGCCGCCGGCGACAAGUUGCCCAUCAUACUGCACUUUCACGGCGGCGGGUUUUGCAUUAGCCAAGCUGAUUGGUACAUGUACUACGCCGUUUACACCCGCCUAGCGCGUGUGGCGAACGCCAUAGUCGUGUCCUGUUAUCUCCCACUCGCCCCGGAUAACCGCCUCCCCGCCGCCACUGAAACCGGCUACGCCGCCUUUCUCUGGCUCCGAGCCCUGUCCCGCGGCGAGGCGGCGCGUGAGCCGUGGCUCAGCGAUCGCGGCAACUUCGACAAAGUAUUCCUCGUCGGGGACAGCUCCGGCGCUAACAUAGUUCACCACGUGGCGGCCCGCGCCGGAAAUGACGAUCUUGCCCCGCUGAGGCUCGCCGGCGCAAUCCCGAUCCACCCGGGAUUCUGCCGCUCUUCUCGGAGCAAAUCCGAACUCGAGCAGCCGGAAACGCCGUUCCUGACGCUGGCUAUGCUGGACAAAUUCAUAGCCUUUGCUCUUCCAGAAGGUUCCACGAAAGACCACCCCAUCACGUGCCCGAUGGGGAGCGCGGCGCCGCCGAUCUCCGGCCUAAAACUGCCGCCGUACUUGUACUGCGUGGCGGAGUACGACCUUCUAAAGGACACGGAGAUGGAGUUCUAUGAAGCCAUGAAGGAGGCCAACAAGGACAUUGAGCUGCUGGUUAACUCCGGCGUGGGUCACAGCUUUUAUCUGAACAAGAUCGCCGUCGACAUGGAUCCGGUCACCGGUUCCGAAACCGAACGGCUUCUUGCAGAGAUCGCGAAAUUCGUCGAAAAACAUUGAAUUAUAUUAAUUCCGUAUAGUACGAUAAAUCCGUUCAAUAAAUGUAGUCAUUUUCGUGAAUGGUGUGUGGUAUAUUGAUAUGCAUGUAUGUAUUUGUUGAGGUUGACGUCAAGUAUUUCCUUAUACAGUAUUGUCCAUUUUGAUUGG